GAGAUGAGCUUAGGUGUAAGUUGCUCAUUAACAUUUCUUCUGUUUCCAAGGGUGGGAAAGGAAUUUGAGGUGGGAAUGGUCAUUAACAUAUCUUUUGUUUCCAAGGGUGGGAGAGGUCUGAGGUGUGAAUUGGUCAUUACAAUGUGUGACAAGCUUGGUAGAAACAUUCUGUGGUGUGAGUUGCUCAUUAACAUUUCUUUUGUCUCCAAGGGUGGGAAAGGAAUUUGAGGUGUGAAUGAUCAUUAAACAUAUCUUUUGUUUCCAAGCAUGGGAGAGGUCUGAGGUGUGAAUUGGUCAUUACAAUGUGU